AUGGCGACAGAAACUCAGACCGAAGCCCCAACUGUCGAGAUUCCUACUUUCUCUCAGCAAGAGGCAUUGAAGGCUCUUUUGCAAAGCCUCGAUGAACGAGGUCAUCUUCAGCGGCCCCAAGAGCUGAAAGAGGGCGAUGUCCCUGAUGGUCUCAAUGAUGAAGCAACCUUCAUGAGAUUUCUUCAAGGCCGCGGCUUUGAUCCCCAGGGUGCUCUCAACCAAUACGAAGAAGCCUUAUCAAUCCGCAAAGAGACACAAGCCACUUCAGCUUACGACGCCAUUUCCGUAAACGACUUUGAAGAAGCGCGAAAGAUGUACCCUUGUUGGUCCGGCCGUCGCGACAAGCGCGGUUUGCCUAUCUGCAUGUUUGACGUCGGACAAUUGACCUCCGAGAAUAUGGCCAAGUACAACGCGAGUCAAACACCGACUGCGAGAAGCCAGCAUACCGCUAUCUUUCACGAUUACAUGACACGAUUCGUUCUUCCACUCUGUGCAUCAAUGCCAGAUUGCCAAGCAAAAGGUUCUUCUGUUGUUAGUUCUGUUUAUGUGAUUAACGCAGCGAGUUUUGGGUUGAGGCAAGCUUGGUCGUUGAAGGGGUAUGCUCAGGAUGUCAGUCAGCUUUUGGCGAUUUGUUACCCUGAGAUGGUGGAACGUUGCUAUGUCAUGAAUGCGCCGGCAUAUUUUGGAAAGAUCUGGGGUAUCUUGUCCAAGUUUGUCGAUCCCCGAACAGCGGCCAAACUCAUCAUAGUCCCAUCUGGAGAGGAUUCGCUAUCGACCUUGACGCCUUUGCUGGACGUGGAGAACAUCCCGACUGAGUACGGAGGAAAGUUCACCUAUACGGCCGGAAUGACACCCAAGCUUGACGAUGGUCUCCGUAAGCACAUGAACUGGACAGCCUCUGGUGACAGCCUACCUGAAGGGCCUAUCAAGUUUAUGCAGGAUCAGAACCAGAGACGUGUGGUAUUGGCAACAGGAGCCGAUAGGAAUGAUGUUAUCGCGACUACUCAAGGUUUUCCAGGAUAA